AUGUUGCCCUCCGUGGUGCACAUAAUAGCCAAGACUGAUUUGAUAAAAUACAUGCUUACUCGCCCAAUCAUUAGAGGGCGGAUAGGAAAAUGGACAAUGGCAUUGGUGGAAUUCACUUUCCGAUAUGUGCCCCAGCAGGCCGUUAAAGGGCAAGCUUUGGCCGAUUUCUUGGCGGUCCACCCUUGUGUUGAAAUAGAGGAGAUGGAUUUCCUCGAGGGCGAAUAUGAAGCCCUGAGCAUAGGGUUGGAAAUUUUGAAAAAGCUUGGGGUAAAGAGUGUGGCGGUUAUGGGAGAUUCAAUGUUGGUCUUAAAACAAAUGUUUGGCGACUACAAGGUGACUAGCCAAGCUUUGCUCGGAUAUCAUGCCUUAGCCAGCCAAUUGAUGGAAGAUUUUGACUAUGUGAGACUCGCCCACCUACCAAGAGAACAUAACACUCAGGCCAACACCAUGGCCCAAUUAGCAUUCGGAGUGGAAAUCUCCAAGGGGCUCUCUGAGGAGCUUUUUAAAGUUGAGAAGCGAUCUCUCCCUUCCGUCUUUGAAAGAGGGACUCCAGCGGAAGUUAUGGUGUUAACCAUAGCACCAGAGGAUUGGAGGCACGACAUCGUGCAAUAUUUGAAAGAUCCAAAUGGGUCACACAGCCAACAAGUUCAGCGGAGGGCCCAAUAUUAUGUGAUAAGAGAUGAAGUAUUGUUCCGCAUAGGUUCCGAUGACUUGCUCAUGAAAUGUUUGGGCAAAAAGGAACAACUCGUAGCAAUGAACGAGGUCCACGAAGGGAUAUGUGGUGCCCAUCAAGCUGGCAUCAAGAUGAGGUGGCUUUUAAGGAGGCACGGUUAUUAUUGGCCGACUAUCCUCAAAGACUGCAUUGAAUAUGCCAAGGGUUGCAAAGAUUGCCAAAAACAUGGGCCAAUCCAACAUGUCCCAGCCGGACCAAUGAACCCUAUUGUCAAAGCUUGGCCUUUCAAAGGUUGGGCAAUGGAUGUGAUUGGCCAAAUCUAUCCAAAUUCAUCCAAGGGCCAUAAGUACAUAUUGGUGGCCACCGAUUUUUUCACAAAGUGGGUGGAGGCCGUCCCACUCAAGCAAGUUACCCAGGUUGAGGUGAUAGAAUUCAUUGAGAAGAAUAUUAUCCAUCGAUUUUGCUUGCCCAAAUCCAUCAUGACCGACUGA